UUGAUAUCUACCCCUCAGCUACUGCUAGAGGUUUCCCAUUUCCAACAUGAUCGUCAUCAUAUUUGGUUUUAGUCUGAAGUCCUAAUGGACGAGCGCGUGUCGGUUUCUGUCCCCCACCUCACUACCGAACCAACCUCGAGCUUUCGUCCUCCCAUUGGAGCAACCUUCUACCCCCGUUGGAGAAAAUCGGCUCCAUAAGGUACAAUUCCCGACAGACGCUCCCGUGUUCAAGAGGGCCAGCUUCCGCAACACGCUCCCUUCUUCUUCAUCGUCGAGUCCUUCCUUUUUGCCUGUACAUACUUCUCGAUAAUCUUUUGAAGUUCUCUCUUGUUAUCAUUUCAGCGUUGGAUACCCCUUCCGAAGGAGAUCAUCAAUAUGGCCGCAAACGUUGCUAAAGCCGAUUCUGGCGUCAUCCCCCUCAUCAUCAAUAACGAGUCCGUAGUGACAGAGAAUGUUUUUGAUAUCCAUGCGCCCGCUACCGGGGAAGUGCUGCAUCAAUGCGCCGCCGCCUCGGUCGACCAUGCCAACCGUGCCGUAGCAGCCGCGAAGGCUGCUUUCCCUGCAUGGAGCAGGACGAAGCCAUACGACCGCAGAGACAUCCUUAUGAAAGCCGCGGAUAUCAUGGUCGCUAGAAGCGAGGAGUUGAUUAAAUAUCAAAUGGAGGAGACGGGAGCCGGGAGGAUGUUCGCGGAGAAGACGUGUCUGUUGGGAGCUGGAUUCCUCAAGGACUUUGCUGCUAGAAUUCCGUCGAUCGAGGGCUCGGUACCCUUUGUCACUCAGGACGGUGAGUGCGCAAUGGUAUUCAAGGAGCCGUAUGGGGUGGUCUUGGGAAUUGCACCCUGGAACGCUCCGUUCAUUCUUGGAGUUCGCGCCGUUGCGCUUCCCCUAGCUGCCGGUAACACCACCAUUCUCAAAGGCUCAGAGCUGUCUCCCAAAUGUUUCUGGGCAAUUGGCGACAUAUUCCGGGAAGCUGGUCUUCCCGCCGGAUGCUUGAAUGUCCUGUACCACAGAACUGCUGAUGCGGCCGAGGUGACCACUGCUCUAAUUGCCCAUCCUGCUGUGCGCAAGGUGAACUUCACCGGAAGCACUCAAGUCGGUUCUAUCAUCGCUGCGACCGCUGGAAAGUAUACCAAGCCCGUUCUCCUUGAGUUGGGUGGCAAGGCGUCGGCUAUCGUUCUGGACGACGCCAACCUGGAGAAGGCGGCGUUCUGCUGCGCUCUUGGAUCUUUUAUGCAUUCUGGUCAGAUCUGCAUGUCCACGGAGCGCAUUGUCGUACAGCGCGCUAUUGCAGACAAAUUCCGUCCGCUGCUGGCUGAAAAUGCUGAGAAGCUCUUCGGGAAAGCUGCACCAGCACCGGUGCUUGUGGCCUCGGCAGCUGUCAAGAAGAACAAGGCGCUCGUUGCUGAUGCGCUCUCGAAGGGCGCCAGUGUCCUCUUCGGCGAUGCAAACUCCACAGAGUCGUCUGAUCACAGCCUACGGCCCGUGAUUGUGGACAACGUCACCAAGGAUAUGGACCUCUACUCCACAGAAUCAUUCGGUCCGACAGUAUCUCUCAUUGUGGUGGAUACCGAGGAAGACGCUAUUGCGCUGGCCAACGAUACAGAAUAUGGCCUUACGUCGGCAGUCUUCACUGACAACUUGUUCCGAGGUCUUCGUGUGGCCAAGCAAAUCGAGGCUGGUGCCGUCCAUAUCAACUCCCUGACUGUGCAUGACGAGCCCACCUUACCCCAUGGUGGAUGGAAGAGCAGUGGAUUCGGCCGCUUCGGAGGCGGCACUGCGGCCUAUGACGAGUGGUUGCAAACCAAGACAGUCACCUGGACGCAAUGAUUGUUCUUGUCAUCUCGGUCAUGUAGGGACGGGUAUCGUGAACCCUGAGAUAUUCCCAACUUCAUUGAUGAUCAUGACACAACGAUUUUCUGCUAGCCGACUCUAUAUACCCGGUAGUAAUUCCCGAGUUCUAGCAUCUUGCGCAGUCUGUGGUAAUAAAGCAUACUUUGAUUCCCCUUUAUUUAUAGUAUCUAAACAGAGCU